UUGCGUCUGCAGAAGAGGUUUGUGGGUAAUACCGGUAAGGACUAGAAACGUGCUCCAAGCAGAGUGAGGAUAUUUCUUUCCUUCUGAAUGCCGCAGAAAUGGAACCUAAAGCGGAGCGUUACAAGCGUUUCUUCUGCUCGUUCAGCGGCUGCUCGGCCUCCUACAACAAGCAGUGGAAGCUGGACGCUCACCUGUGCAAACACACCGGAGUCAAGCCGCACUCAUGCGGACACGACGGCUGCGGGAAGUCCUUCUGCAGCCCCUAUCACCUGGCCAGGCACGGACUGAGCCACAGCGGCCUGAAGCCCUUCCAGUGCGGCGCAGAGGGCUGCUCGGAGGCCUUCACCACCAACGCCAACCGGACCAGGCACGUCAGCCGCGUGCACGCUCAGGAACACAAGAAAUACGUGUGUAAGUUUGAGGGCUGCCGGCUCGAGUUCAAGAAGAACAAGCAGCUGAAGUCCCACAUGUGUGAGCAGCACACUCAGCUGCCAUCUUACCAGUGCACUUAUGAAGGCUGCCACAUGAGAUUUACCUUCCCAAGUAAGCUGAGGCGACACGAGAAGGUGCACAGAGGCUAUCCCUGCAAGGAGGAGGCCUGCACCUUCACAGGGAAGACCUGGACAGAAUACCUGAGGCACAGGAAGGAGCAGCACAGGCUCCUCCUGAGGUGUGAUCGCUGCACCAAGGCGUUCAGGGACUCCUGGUUCCUGCAGCAGCAUCAGCGCGUCCACUCUGACAUAAGAGUGGUUCUCAAGUGCCCCAGGGACAGCUGCGACAGGUCCUUCACCACGGCCUUCAACCUGCAGAGCCACAUCAACUCCUUCCACGAGAAGCAGCGGCCCUUCGCCUGCACCCACGCUGGCUGUGGGAAGACCUUCGCCAUGAAGCAGAGUCUCCAGCGUCACAACAUUGUCCACGACCCAGAGAGGAAAAAGCUCACAAAGCCGAAAGCCAAGAGAUCUCUUUCUUCCAGGUUGAGCGGUUACAGUGAAACAAAGCGAGUGAUCUGCAAACAGCGCUGGGAGCCUGAACCACACAGAGGGUCUGCACAGGAAAACACAGAGCCGCCUGGUCCUGUUGAGCUGGUGUCCCUCCUACAGGACACGUCUUUGCUGUGCAGUCCUGCUGUGGACACACAUGGACUUAUUAAUGCCCUCACUACACCUUUACAAGAGCAUUUAUAACCCUAACCCAUUAUUUUUGGAAGUGUUGUUGUUGCAUAAAGUUUGUGCUGCUAUUCAGGACUGUUUACAGUUUUCCUUAACCUGAAUUUAGAAUGAAGUGAACUCCUGCUGUUGCCCUAUUAAAAUUAUGUUUUUGGGGCAUUUUUGUUUUUUCUGGAGCCAUUAAAUUCAAUAUAUUUGUGUCAUUUAUAUUUAAAAAAAAAGAAUACGUGUAUAUUCUAAUUAAAAAUACAAAUUGUAAAAUUUGACAAAAUGAAGUUUUUCUUUGUGCAAUAUCAAAAUCUGCCUUUGCAGAAGCACAAUAUAUAAUAAUAUAAGCACAAUAAACUGGGUUGUAUUUUGUCUAAAUGUU